GCUACUGAAAGAUAGUGAUGCAGGCAGAAGCUUGCUAGAUCGAAGCCCAUCAGGUUCUUUCUUUUAAAAAACAAUACUUUAAUCAAAAUCAAAAUUUUUAUUCGCCUGUUACCAAACCCAUCCAUUAAUCAUGGUUCGUUUGGACGAUAUUUUGGUGGACAUUGGUCAGUUUGGGUCUUUUCAGAAGAGGGUUUUUGCCAUCUUAUGUCUGAUUGUUUUCACUUCCUCGUGGCAGUCAAUGAUUACCGUUUUCCUUGCAGGAACAUCGGACCACUGGUGCGCGGUGCCACAAUGGAACGACUUCGACUGCAGCGCCGCCGGACUCAGCGACAAAUCGUGCAUGCUCGCUAUGAAGAACGCCAGCAUACCCGUCAACUAUACGACCGACAACGAACUCGUGUACGCGCAGUGCGUGAAAUACAACGUGUCUGGUGUGGCGUUUGAUCCAAGCGUCGAUCCAUUCAAUGACCACAGCUGGCCGACAUCUCAAGUCAUCGAAUGCGACGACGGAUGGGUGUACGACAGAAGUCAAUACAAAUCGUCCAUUGUCACUGAUUAUGACCUGGUGUGUGACAAUGGAGAUCUCUUUCAAGUAUCUCAAUCCGUUUUCUACGCCGGAUAUUUAGCCGGUUCGAUUAUCAACGGUUCACUGGCCGACGUCGUGGGACGAUGGUGGACGUUAAUGGUACUAAUGGUUGUUCGGCUUGUUGUCGGUGUUGCUUUGGCAUUCUCACCAAACUGGUGGGUAUUCACUGUUCUCCGGUUCUUCCAGGGGUAUGCUGCCAUCUCCAUCUACAUUAUCUCUUUCAUCGUUGGAACUGAGUUCGUCGGGCCAUCGAAACGUAACGUCACUGGUAUAAUGUUCGUAGUACCUUUUGCUAUUGGCUACGUGCUUCUUGCGGGAAUUGCGUACUUUGUGCGAUACUGGAGAACCUUAGAGCUAAUUUGCGCUUCGCCAGCACUUAUCUACAUAGUCAUGAUGUUCUUUCUUCCAGAAUCUGUGCGUUGGCAAAUAUCGGUGGGAAGGUACGAUAAAGCAGAAAAGACCCUGGCAAAAAUCGCAGACUCCAACAACAAAUCUCUGUCAGGUCCGAUCUUCAGCAAUGAAUUCAAGAAAGAACAAGAAGUUGCACCGAAGGAAAGAAGAGCCACAGGAAUAGAUUUAUUCCGAUAUCCUAGAAUGAGACUAAGAACCAUCAACCUUAUUUUCAACUGGAUGGUGAAUGCUAUGGUUUACCACGGUCUAUCAUUAAAUACUUCUAACCUCGGUGUCAACGACUACGUCGCUUUCGCAGUCUCAGGAGCCGUCGAGGUACCGGCAUACUUAAUCUCCGUGUUCGCCAUCGAGAUCAAGGUCAUCGGUCGGAAGAUAAGCCUCAGCAUAUGCUUGUUGGUAGGCGGUGUCGCCUGCCUCUGUACAACUUUCAUACCACCUGGGGCAGCACUCACAUCCGUUGCCAUGAUUGGUAAAUUUGGAAUUUCAGCGUCAUUUGCGAUCCUGUAUCUCUAUACUGCGGAACUCUACCCAACCAACAUUAGGAGUGCGGCUAUGGGUAUGUGCUCGAUGUUUUCACGCAUCUCUGGUAUACUGGCGCCACUCAUACUCACACUGGCAAGGAUUUGGACUCCACUUCCACUGGUCAUCUACGGAUCUGUCUCGGUCAUUGCCGGUCUCCUCACCCUCUUCCUCCCCGAAACGUUGGGGCAGAAACUUCCCGAGACCAUCGAAGAAGGCGAAAAUUUUGGGAUAAAUUCUGACGAGGACAAAUCCUCCUCUGGUAAGAACGGCAUCUACAUUCUCAAUCAGGAGGGUAAAGAAGAUAAGAAGGAUAAAGAGGAGAAGGGUGUGUUCACAACUAUGGAUUACGAUAAUCCUUCAUUUAAUACCCAGGACGAGAAAUAUGACGGCAAAAGUGAGAGUAGCGUCCAAGUCGACCUGUCCUAAAAAUUUAAUCCCACAAACAAGAGAUAAAAAAAAUCAAACUUCACUGCAAUUAUUGUUCAAUAUUUGAAUUCAUAAAAUGCUUGAAAACGAGCUAAUAAUUUUGGGCCACUAUAAUGUUACGUUUAGAUAAGACAUUUUAUUCCGUCAUAAAAGAAACCUUUUCAAUAUAUCAUACACAUGUAAAUGUACUCCUUGUAUUCUAGAAAGCCCAGAGAAGGACUAUAUUUUCCUUGGUUUAAGCCAAUACACUCUUAAAAUGUUGAGCAAUAUACUGCAUGUCCAUCUGUGUUGGGUAAGUUAUGUUGAUAAAUAUAUAUAUAUUCUGGGCAUUUAUUAUAUUGAGCAAAUUUAUUACCCAAUUAUUAGUUUUUAUUAUCCAAUUUUGGCAGAUUUUAACAUUUUCUGCCCAACUAUCUUAAGCGUGUAGCCACCUAUAAUCAGGAGAUUUCCUGUAUAUGAUCCUAUGCUAGUAUAGGCUAAUAAGAAUGUUCGUCCGAAUAUUCUAAACUGGCAUACAAGUUCACGUAAUUUUUCUACCCAUCAAGAAUAUCAACAAACAAAAAAAAAAGGCUAUAUGCGAUCAUGAAAGUUCAACUGUGCGUUUCAGCCAACUAAAAAAAAUGUGUUGGGAGAAGAUAUUAAAAAUCUCAACUUUUGAUUUAAAAAUUCAACACACAGAAAAAAUUAUAUUGAAAGUUUUUGGGAUUGCUGAAAUUUUCAAAGUAAAACUGUAGUGUUUAAAAAUCAUAAUUUCAAAUAAAACUAAUGUUGCGUAUUUUUGUAAACCAAACAUUUCGUAUAACAUAUAUGCUGUUAAAUUUAAACUAGGUUUGACAAUUCUUAAUGUAACUAAAACAGUCAAAUUUCUAAGUCUAAUUUUAGAUGAUAAAUCAACUUUUACUAAUCAUCGUUUACAUGAUUAAUAGAUAUGCUCCCAUUAAUAUUGUAAAUAUUUUCAAUAUAACUAUAACUUUAAUACACCGAUACAAUACUCGCUCUGCUAAUAACUUUCAUUACCCUAAAACAGCUUCAACCCUAAUCUGGAAUAAUCUCAAUGUAUACCUUUUUUCAUGUUCAACUGUUUCUUCGUUUAAAUGCAAACUCAAAAAGAUCAUUAUUUGUACCUGUGCCUAAUUUGAACUCAAACUCACCUCAUAUGAUGUUCGGGUGUGCUUUUGUGUGUGAUGACGACGAUGUUUCUGGGUGUGUGUGUGUGUGUGUGAUUGUGCAUAUUUCGCCUUUUCCCCUCUUUAUCUGAUGUGUAUUAAUUACUUUGUUUUUUGGAGCCUUCUUAUUUUCAAGUGUUAACUUUUUGUUGCCCUCCUUUUCUUGUAAUGAUAUUUUUAUAUACGAAUGUACAAUUUGAUGAUGUUUCAAUGAUUGUCAAGAAUAAAUUGAAAUUAAAUUGAAUUUGUAAUUGAAAUCCAUGUACUUAACAAUUUUCCUUGUCAUACUCGCCAGGUGUGUGUUUUAUAAAGCCGCUCGUAAAGUUCUGCAAGAUUUAAAGCACGACUAGCAUGACUAGAAUAUUCUUUAAUGAUCUUAACUAAAGCUUUCGUCAUCAUGAUAUUAUUGUUAUAAUCAUAAUACACGAGGAAUAUGAAGUAACCCCCUUUGAAUAGGUUUUGCACUAUUUUUAAUAGAUCAUUUAGUGAAUUAGAAUUAAAGAAAUAUAUAUAUUUUUCGAGGAUGUCGAAAAACAUGGAUAAUAAUACAUCGACGUAUGUCAAUUUAAUAAAUUGCACUAAGUGGGGCUUU